GUCUCGCCGCCAUGCCGUUCCUGGGGCAGGACUGGCGGUCCCCCGGGCAGAGCUGGGUGAAGACGGCUGACGGAUGGACGCGCUUCCUCGACGAGAAGAGCGGCGGCUUCGUCGGCGACAUCAGCAGCUUUUGCAAGAAGGAUGAUCACAACAAAGAGAAUCUCUUCAACAGCCUGAACUAUGAUGUUGCUGCCAAGAAGAGAAAAAAAGACCUGCUGAAUAACAAAGCCAAGAUUCAAUAUUUCCACCAGGAGAAGUGGAUCUAUGUUCACAAGGGGAGCACAAAAGAGCGCCAUGGUUACUGCACCUUGGGGGAAGCCUUCAACCGACUUGACUUCUCCAGUGCUAUCCUGGACUCCAGGAGAUUCAACUAUGUUGUGAGGCUGCUGGAGCUGAUAGCGAAGUCUCAGCUGACGUCACUGAGCGGCAUUGCCCAGAAGAACUACAUGAACAUUUUGGAGAAAGUGGUGCAGAAAGUCCUUGAAGAUCAGCAGAACAUCAGGCUAAUACGGGAAUUGCUGCAGACCCUCUAUACAUCUCUCUGCACGUUAGUUCAACGGGUUGGGAAGUCUGUCCUGGUUGGAAACAUCAACAUGUGGGUGCACAGGAUGGAGAGUAUUCUCCACUGGCAGCAGCAACUGAACAACAUUCAGAUCACCAGGCCUGCCUUUAAAGGAACCACUUUCACAGACCUACCAUUGUGUUUACAAUUGAACAUCAUGCAGCGACUGAGUGAUGGGAGAGACCUGGUUAGCCUUGGUCAGGUGGCUCCUGACCUGCAAGUGCUCAGCGAAGACCGGCUGCUGUGGAAGAAGCUCUGCCAGUACCACUUCACAGACAGACAGAUUCGCAAACGGCUAAUCUUAUCUGACAAAGGGCAGCUGGAUUGGAAAAAGAUGUACUUCAAGCUCAUAAGGUGUUACCCACGGAAGGAGCAGUAUGGUGACACGCUGCAGCUCUGCAGGCACUGCCACAUCCUCUCCUGGAAGGGCACUGAUCACCCCUGCACAGCCAACAACCCGGAGACUUGCUCCACCUCACUUUCGCCGCAAGACUUUAUCAACUUGUUCAGGUUUUGAACUUGGGUCACCGCAGCUUAUGCGAUUCUUACAGGACACUUUAUGCCACUGAGCUUGGACACUCCAUUUGUAAAUAGUGUAAAUAUUCAUGUCUGUUUUGAAGCUCCUGAGUCAAGGAACAAGAGGAUCUCGGAGAUGAAAGGUGAAGUUGCUCACUGACGCACAGCACUUAAGGAAUACAGACUUCCAUAGGACUGGUGUAUGUUGUACAGAGUCCCUUUUUUUAUGAUCAGAGUACAAGAUACAGGGCAAAAAAAAAUUCAUGUUCUUGUUUUUAGAAGUUAAAAAUGAAAUUGCCCCUCAACCAUUUGAGAACUCUUUUGGUUUGUUUCUUAUAGAGAGAAAGCAAUACGAGGCUAGGACUGUUGAACUGUUCCUCCAUCUGGUUUUAUUUAGCAUACAUAUUUAUAAAUAUGAUGUUUUAAAACUAUGAAAAAUAUCCCUGUGACAACUUUAACUUUCGUUUUUAAAGGACACAUUCUGAAAUGCAUGGAACUCUAGCCUACUUGUGAGAGAGAAUGGCAACAUACUACUUUCUACCUCUAAUAGAUUGAGUACCUUUCAGACAAGAAUCCAGUGUACAAUGUGAACUUUUGUAUUUUGUACAAUGAUUUAAAGGGAAAUGUUUGUGAUAGUAAGCAUCUUUUCUUGUAUUAAUGCUUACCUCUUUACAUUAGUUAUCUUGCUCUGUGCUUGAAUGCCUAGAUGAUAGGCACCAUAUAAAUACCUAAGACUUUACUCCAUCCUCUUUUAAUUUGUUGGGUUUAUGAAAGACUAAGCAAAAGGGGAAAGUGAAGCCAUAAGGAUGAAGAUUAUCUAAAAGGGAGGAAGUUCUAUUAUAGAGAAACAAAGGACUGGAUUUAAUCUCAUCAUGUAAAGACUUAUCAACUCCACUAGGUUAAUUACACUGGUUGAAAUCCCAAGUGGGGUUAGAAUCUGGUUCUUCAAGCCCAUGUUUUCCAACACUGCUCUGUAUUCCCACUGCUGUCAAGUGAAUUCAGUCAUCUUGGGGCAGGUAAAAUACAGGGAGAACUGGACCAUCCAAUCUAGUGAAAUUACGCGGUUUUUAGUCACUUGAGAACUGACAGCAUCAUUUAAGACUACUGGAGUUUAGGGUGAUGAGCGAGACAGCAUAGAAUCAUAGAAUAGUUUGGGUUGGAAGGGACCUUCAGAAGUCAUCUGGUCCAACCCCCAUGAAGAAACUGGUCAGCAUUUUCCUAAAAACAGCAGUCAAGACUGGGGUAAUCAAGGGAUUUCCAGCAUGGCACUUGGCAUCUUUGCUACUCACACAGAGAAAUAACCAAAGACCCAGCCUAAUCCCUUCCACUUCCAGUGCUGAGCUGCUUUAUGGGAUCAUCUAACACCAGCCUAGAGCUAAACUUUCAAUCCUAUGGAGUAAGUGGCCAAACUGACUUCACUGUGGCCAUGAUCUGGCUCAACAUCUCCUCUGUUGCACGCAAUGAUUCACUCUUCCGUAGAGUGGAUCUCGAAGCAUCCAGCUCAUAUCUAACAAGGUAUGGAAGGGUUUUGCUGUUUGCCAGUAGAUUUCCUGUAUAGCACUUUCUCUGUGCUGAUGUAAGCAGAAUACCUUGGAAGGGUAAACAUUUAUGUGACUAUGUACAAAGAACUGUGAGGAAGUGGAGUACUCAGGACAAUUCAGGAAGAACUACUUGAGUUAAUUAUUGUUAACUAUUCUGUUCCUUUUUUUACAUUUUUAUAACUGACUUUCCACACUUUUCUGGAGCUGUUUAUAUUAAAAAUUGACAGUAUUUGCAUUUUUGCAAACUAAAUCGCUUUGCAUUUUCUUGGAAGAGAUGCAAAAAGGGAAAAAAGCUGCCUCUAGAUGGAGCACUGGGGAAAUGGGGGAGGAAAACCAGGAAAAUGCUGACAGGAGCUGCCCUUCUGCCUUCCAACAGCAAACCCAAGCUUUUGCUCUGUGAGCCUGUGCACCCUUAGCCAUAGCCCAGAGCUUGGCACUCUCCAGAGAUGAGGAGAAAACACGUGCAGCAUAGAGAGCUUUGUCUUGGUGUUGAUGCCCCAUCCAUCAGUUUGCUGGUGGAAAGCGUAAGCCUGCUGAUCAUACUCAUGUCAACUGAAAGUGAUUUAAAAGCUGUUACCUUGGAAAAAUUAACUUGUGCUUGUUUGGAGGGACGUUUGAGUGAAGGAGGCCGGUUUGUUUUCAUUCUCACACUGUGUGUUCAUAUUCAUACCCACAGUGGGUAGAUGAGGCUGAAAUCUGGCUUUGUGAAUGAGGAUAUUAAGGACAGAAACAUGCAAGUGAAGUGAGUGAAGCACCGCCACUGUAUUUGGAGAUUGUUGUAGCUCCUUUUUCUAGAAGUGAGAGGAUCUGUGCCCCUUGGCAGCAUCUGUUUCCAGCUCUGACCUAGGGUGGCUUUGUUCCAUUGUCUUGCCACCCAUAGUGAGCCAACUUCACUAUGGUUGAUGGGAAGGCAGUACUACUUCACUAUGAAAUGCUGGGGGGGUUCUGCCUAGUCUGAGUCCAUGCUUGGCAGAUAACACUUAUCCACUGUGAGAUUGUGACACUGGGUGAAUUUCAAGCUCAGGUUUGAAUCCAGCCUAGUCCAUUCCCUGGACAGCAAGACAAAAUCUCAGCAUUUAGCUGUGAUUCAGGAAUGUCUGAGCAUUACUCAUUGUCUCUAUCAGCCCUUCGCCGCUCUUGAGCAAAGCGUUUACUCUGUGUCCUCUGCCCAGAGACCACAGGUUGUGCUCACAACAUAAUGUGCAACUGAGGCUCCUAUGUAUAAAACUUCAGUUAGAGGUGAGAGUUUUAUUUAUUAGCACUAUAUAAACUUAAAGGGUCAAAGAGGUGAAGAUUAUUUGUUAAUACAUACAAACGCUUGUGUGUUGCUCUUGUGAGGUCCUGAGAUAUUGCUCUCUGUGUCCAAAGCAGCAGAAAACCAAGCAACUACUGUGCUGGAGAACAAAAUGGACUAAAGGAAACAGAAUAAGCCUCACUCAGUUAUUGCCUCAGUCAUUACCCUUUGCUACAGCAAGAGUCACAUGAGACCUUGAUCUCUUUGGGAGACCCAUUGUUUCUUGAAAGGCUGGUACAGGAAGAUGUUGUGGUGAAUUCAAUACUCUUGUAUUUCAGAUGAAAUGCUGUUGCAUCCAGAUACCUUAGUCCAACAACUUACAAACAAAGCGAUCAGUAUUUUAGCAGUGCACAGGCAUCUGCUUGGCUGCGGAUGGCAGAGUAACAGAACUGACAGCGAUAACAGGGGCUUCCAGGCUGGGUGGUUUGAGGCUGCUCUCGUGCAAAAAGGACCUCUUUAUUUUAAGACAAUGGUGGCAAAGCUGUUGUGAAGGGAAAACAGACUUUUACUUGUAUUUUGGAAAUAGAAUGUUCUUUUCAAAUGACAUUUCACCUUCCAGUCAGUGGAAGGAGGAUUUUUUUUCCUCUCUUUUAUUUUUUUCCUGCCAGCAUAUCCAAAGAAAUCUCAUUAUCUUUAGAGGAUGUGUUAACCAGUGCAGCAGUGUAGAACAUGGUGUUGUGAAGAGGAAAAAUAGAUCUAUGCAGGGAAAGGAGGCGGCUUAGGAAGGGAGAGAUCCCAGAGAUUGCAGUUCAGCUUUCUACAAUAGGCAGGCAUUUGGAGUUCAUUUUAAUGUGAUAGCCACUUCAAGAGGCGUAAUUUUAGCUGUACAUACCUUAAGCCCUUUAUACUAACUAUGGUAUGGUAAAGGUUGAUCAUAAAAUGUGUACCUCCUCUUGUAUUGUUUGGGUUUCUGUUUUUUAAUUGUGGGAGUUUCUAGAUCCUUUUAUUUUGUAAAGUGCUUAGGAAGGCUUGUAUUGCUCUGAAGAUACUGCUUUGUAUGUAAACAUUUAUUUGCACCCUGCCACUUUCUGUAUAUGGGAAUAUCUUUUGUAUUCUUUUUCUUUGCCCCCAGGUUUUGAACUGUUUGUGUUCCCAUUUCUGUUUGACUUCAAUUACCUUUGCUAAGCUGUCACCUUCUACAACAUAUUCAGGUACUAAAUCAGCUUUUCCUGCCCUGAAAAUCCCUUGGCCCUUAGUAGCUAAAAUGUGAUGUAGAGCAGGAACAUUUCAAAUUCUCUUAUGUAGCUCAUAAAUCAGAUGUGCUGUUUCACACUUCUCUCCUGCUCAGGAUAGCAAACCAGCAUUGUCCUCUGCAGUUGCUCUUACAAACCCAUUGCACAGUUUCCCCAUAGAUCAGCACUUUGCCAAAAAGACAUAGCUUUAAAUUAAAAUGGCACUCUUCCUAGCUGGCCUGCUUGCAAAAACACACACCCUGUGGAGCUGAUGGCUGGUUAGAUUGAUAAAGACUUGCUGUUAGAAGGUUUUGGUCUCUUGUGUUCUGCUUGUGCUGCUUUUCUCAGCUCAUGGCUUAUGAUACUUGUUAAAGGUUCUGAAGACUGUCACACAAGCUGUCAGCCUGUGGCUGCUGAGCUGUGUGUCUUUACCUACCUUUA